AUGGCAGAAAGUGCGGUGGCCUUCUUGCUUACAAAGCUUGGAAGCUUGAUUCAAGAAGAGCUGAAAUCGUUGGGUGGAGUUAAGGGAGAAAUUGUGUUCAUCGGAGACGAGCUGGAAAGCAUGAGGGCCUUCCUGAGGGUUGCUAAUGCAAUUGAAGACAGUGAUCCAGAGAUCCAAGCAUGGGUUAAGCAAGUCAGAGACGUCGCUCACAAUACCGACGACGUUCUUGAUGAGUUUAUGCUUCGCUUUGCUGAUCGUCAUCGUCAUCAUCAUGGAUUCUAUGGAUCUGUUUGUAAGAUCUAUUAUCAAAUUAAGAACAUGAAAGCUCGUCGUCAAAUUGCCUCUGAUAUAAAGGACAUCAAAACCAGAGUCAUCGAUAUUGCGCAGAGACGUCAGAGGUAUGGUUACAAAUUCAGUAACUCAGAGCAAGGCUCAAGCUCCAAUGUUGCAAACAAUGGAGGAUGUUAUGAUCGAAGAGGUGAUGCACUUCUACUUGAAGAAGAUGAUCUUGUUGGCAUCGACAAGCCUAAACAACAACUCAUUGAUUGGGUCCUUGAUGAUGCUGAUUCUCCACUCAAAGUGAUUUCGGUGGUGGGAAUGGGGGGCUUGGGUAAAACCACCCUUAUCAAGAAAGUUUAUGACGACAUGGAAGUGAAGAGACAUUUUCAAAACCAUGCUUGGAUCACUCUUUCUCAAUCAUUCAAGAUUGAAGAGAUCCUUUCAGGUUUGAUUCAACAACUCUUUGAUGAAGUUAGACGACCUCUCCCUCAGAGGUUUGAAACCAUGGACAGCAAUAAUCUGAAAGCAGUGCUCAAAGAGUUCCUCCAAGAAAGCAGGUACGUGCUCGUCCUUGAUGAUGUAUGGAGCAUUGAGGCAUGGGAUACUAUCAAAAUUGCAUUGCCAAACCGCAACUGUGGCAGCCGUGUGCUACUCACAACACGCAUCGGUAAUGUUGCUUCUACCUCUUGUAGAAAACCCCAUGGUUACAUCUAUGAAAUGAAAGCUUUGUCUGAAGAAGAGUCUUGGACUCUGUUUUGUAAGAAGACAUUUCAGGAGAAGGAUUGCCCUCCAUAUUUAAUUGAAAUUUCAAAAAGUACCCUGAGAAGAUGUGAGGGCUUGCCACUGGCGAUUGUGGUGAUUUCUGGGGUGUUGGCUUCAAAGGACCAGGGAAGAGUAGAUGAAUGGGAGUUGGUAAAUCGUAGUCUUGGUGCUGAAGUCGAAGGCAGUGAUAUGAAGAAAAUACUGUUGCUAAGUUACAAUGAUUUGCCUUACUAUCUCAAGUCUUGUCUCUUGUACUUGAGUAGUUUCCCAGAGGAUCAUUUGAUCGAUUGGAUGAGCUCAAUUCGAAUGUGGAUUGCAGAAGCAUUUGUGGAAGUAGAAGGAGGAAAAACACUAGAGGAAGUCGCUGAGGCUUACCUCUAUGAGCUCCUUAAUAGAAGCUUGAUUCAAGUAGCAAUGAGAAGGGAAGAUAGAAGGAUCCAGAAGUGUUGUAUACAUGACCUUUUGCGUGAAAUUAUUCUUUCAAAGUCAAAACAUCAGAACUUUCUAACGAUAGCAAGAGAAGGAAGCGUGAGGUGUCUUGAAAAUGCUCGACGACUAUCAAUUCAUAAAACCUUACCAGAUAUACCACUAGAAGGUAAGUGUUUCUCUCAACUACGUUCAUUGCUUAUGUUUGGGGUAGAUGAACCCAUAUCUGAGUCCUCCAUGCCUCUAUUGUUCAAUGGUGGGUUGAGGUUGUUAAAAGUUCUACACUUGAGAAAUGCUUCUUUGGAGAGAUUUCCAGGCAAUGUGGACAAGUUGUUCCAUCUAAAGUAUCUAAGCUUGAGAGGAACACAAGUGAAAGUGCUUCCAAAUUCGAUUGGAUUGCUUUGGAACCUAGAGACAUUAGAUCUUAAAGAAACUAGUACCAUAGUGAAAGAGAUAGGAAGGCUCACCCAAUUAAGGAGGUUGGGAAUUUUGAAGUUGAGAAGAGAAGAUGGGGUGGUUUUGUGCUCCUCCAUUGAGAAGCUAAGCAACCUUCGCUCAUUAGAUGUGAAGUCAAUAGAAGAGGAUGAGAUCCUUGAUCUACAAUCUUUAUCUCCAGCUCCUCAAUUUCUUCAACGACUAUACUUGAAUGGACGUUUAGAGAAGUUACCGGAGUGGAUAACUUCUCUUCAUGGCCUCACGCGCUUAGUUUUGUGGUGGAGCAAGUUAAGGGAUGAUCCACUGAAAUCCCUGCAAAAUUUGCCUAAUCUGGUUUUUCUCUCGCUUGUUGAUGAAUCAUAUGAAGGGGAGGGAUUGUGUUUCAAGGCUGGUAGAUUUCAGAGACUCAAGUACUUAGGCCUUGAAAACUUAAAAGGAUUGAGAUGGGUGACAAUGGAGGAAGGUACGAUGUCUCGACUUGAAGAACUAAUCAUCGUGAAAUGUGAAUUGUUGGAGGAGUUGCCCUCAGGCACUAAACAUCUAUCAAAUCUGAAACAACUUGAAUUGUCUGACAUGUCUGAUAAAUUAAUUUCAAAGUUGAAUCAAGCCGUACAAGAUGGGAAUUAUUGGAAAGGAAAACACAUUCCUAAAGAAUGGGGUAGUUCCUUUCCCAUACUUGAUUUCUACCAUGAAACUGUGAAACUACUUAGGAAGGGAUGUAGAGGGUAUCUGUGUUGUGUUUUGACUGUGACUCCUGAUAAUCCUACCAUAGAGAACAUCCCCGUAAUAAACGAAUUCCCUGAUGUAUUUCCAAAUGAAUUUCCCGGAGAUUUGAUUGAUAGGGAAAUUGAGUUUACUAUUGAUUUGACACAGAAAAAUAUACCAUUUGAUUGGAAUGAUCAACGGGAGUCACCCUUCCAAGAAUUGAAAACUAGACUGUUAACUGCACCAAUUCUGACAUUACCUAAUGGAACCGAUGGAUUUCAGAUUUACAGUGAUGCUUCGUACAAAGGCUUAGGAUGUGUGAUAAUGCAAAACGGAAAGGAAGACUACACAUAUGAGGAACAACUGAUCCAAAUUGUUAAUCGAAGAAUCAAAAGAUUGGGGAACAAAGAAAUUCCAUUAGUGAAAGUGGAUAGACAAAACCACAGAGGGACAUAUGCAACAUGGAAGAUAGAAGAGGUAGCUUGGUUUGUUUCCAUUAGACCCAAUAUUCUACCAAAAAGAAGGUUCCUCUAUGGAACUGACAAGUUCUCUGUACCCGACCAGAGAUUCCUUUGUGGAACUGACAAGUUAUCUGUUCCUGGUCCGAAGGUUCCUUUAAGGAAUUGA